GUGAAGGUACCUGUGUGUGUGUGCAUUCGGUCCGAGGCUCAUUUAAAUAGUAAAGGAUAAUUAGUUAGGCAAGAAAUUCAAGUCGAGCCUUGCAACACGAAUUUGAUACACGCUCAGGUAACCCAAGCAUCUCUCAUUGUCCGUCCCAUUAGCAUGUACAUAUAUAUAAGUUGUCAGUGGAUGAGAGGCGCUAUCACACAGCCUUACCUCUACUCUGGAUCAGCGCGAGGAGAAAUCUUCUCAGUUUGAAUAUGUCACUUACUUCCAUCCUCUCGGCUGAGGCCAUUGAAAAUGCUGUCAAAGACUGCCAAGCUCCAGACUCCUUUUGUUAUAAAAAGUUCUUCCAACUUUGUGGCCUGAGCCAGAAAAGUCCGCAAGAGGUGAAGGAUGUCUUCCGCAUCAUAGAUGAGGAUAACAGUGGAUUUAUUGAGGAGGCUGAGCUCAAGUUCUUUCUCCAGCGAUUUUUCCCGGGGGCACGAACCCUGACAGAAAAGGAGAUUAAGAGCCUCCUUACAGCUGCAGAUGAUGAUAGCGAUGGGCGGAUUGGAGUAGACGAGUUUCAGACUAUGGUGUUAUCCUGAAAGACUCCUUGAGCCCUCGGCUAUAAGCACUGCAGCCUCAGCUUUCAUUUUUCUUUUUACACCUGAUUUCUUUUCAAAAAAGAAGAAUCAGCACAUAAAGUAAAUGUACUUGACUUUUGAAUUCAUGUCUGUUUUGUUGUCCCACAUUCACCCCAAAUGACCAAUGGCAAAACUGUUCAGGGAAAAUAAA